AAAAGUGGGAGCCAAUACAAAGGCUUUCAAUCCCUUGCCUACAGUCUUGUUACACACUCAGCUGGUUGAGAAUCACCGCACGAUAGUGACACUGUACUGUGGUUCGACUGGAGCUAGUGGGUCAUUGCUGCGGCAAAUCUUCAUCUGCUGACGCACCAAGAACUGUGCCUUCAUCAUGCCUCUACAAUGGACCAAUGGUGCUGAAUUGCUACUCAUUGAGAAGGUUCGGUCUAAUCCAGCUUUAUGGGAUGUGAAGCACAAAGACAACUCCAAGAAAUUGCUGAAGAGGGAAAUGUAUAAGGUUUUGGCCCAGGGGCUACAAGAAGAAUUGCCUGAAAUGGAAGGAAUUGAUGCAGAUGCUGUAAUGAAAAAAGUCAACAUUUUGAAAACAUCUUUUCACCGGGAACUGGCCAAGAAGAGGGAGCUAAAAAGUGGACCAGGUGGCAACUAUGUCCCAAAGUGGAAAUUCUUUGAGUCACUGACUUUUCUAGCAGACACUGACACCUUGCAGAGCAGUGCUUCUAAUCUCGAAAAGUCUGUACCAUGUAGUCCUGAAAAGACUACAGCACCAGAGCAGAUAUUGGAGGCUAAGAGGAAGAAGUCUGGCAACCAUGACCCUAAGUUGACAGAAAGAGAGGAAAUGAUCCUCAGUGUCUUGGAGUUCCUGCACCCUCAUGUCAAUGAUGUCCAGAAGAAGACAGCAUUGAAGAAGAUGAUCGGUGCCAGUGCCACUGCCGCUCCUGACCAAGAUGAAGACAUGGUAGGCUCCAUUUCAUCUGUCUCUGCCACCUGCUCCCCUUCUCCAACAGCAUCAGGAUCUCCACUAAUCACUCUCCGGCCCAAAACCCAGAAACAGGCUAAGACGGAGGAAGCUAUGCUUGAGAGCAUCCAGCAGUGUGAGAAGCAGCAGAUGGUGCAACAGCUGAAGCCAACCGGAGAUAGGGAAAGGGAGGCAUUUGUGGAGUGGAUCCGGACUGUCAUACUGGACCUGGACCACAACCUGUGGCGGCGCUUCCAGCACCAGAUCAGUGAUCUCACAUACCAGUUCAUAGCUGAGAAUGAUAAGAUGAAGUCUCCUGAUCCUACACCAGCAAUGUGAGUAAGUGGGUGGAUGAGUGUGAAUGAGUGAGUUGGUUGGCAGGGAGGCAAUGGAUUUGUGGGAUGACAUGGUAGUGGAUGGUAAGUCAGUGUAGUGGAUUAUAAGAUGGAUGAGUUGGUGACUGUGGGUGGGAUGAUGGAUGGGUGGGUAUGGUUGGGUGGUGUUGUGGUUAUGAGAUAAGUGGAUGGAUGGGUGGGUGGAUAAAUGAAUGUGAUUGAAUGUGGCUGGAUAGUUAGCUAAUGGAGAUGGGUGUGAGUAAGUUGGUAGAUAGAUGGAUGGAAAUAAAAUUGUAUUUUUGUAUCAUUUCAAUUUCUAGCAAGAAAUUUAAUACAAAAUAAACAAAUGAAUGAA